AUGACUGUCAUCACCCUCGACUCUUCGGCUCUCAAUGAGCUGCAUAGCGCCGAGACCAAGAACAUCUUCGACACUGUCGAUAAGUUGUCUGCCUUGGGCGUCGGCAAGAUCGUCGAUCCGCCCCAGAUCAUCGUCGUCGGAGACCAAUCGUCCGGCAAGUCGUCCGUGCUCGAAGCCAUCUCCCAUGUCUACUUUCCAGCCCGCGCGGAAGGCUGCACGCGGUUCGCCACGGAGCUGGUUCUCCGCCCGGGCAGCCGUCGACGCGUGACCGCAAGCAUCCAUGUUGCAGGCAGCACCAGGCCCGACCAUUUCCAGGUCGCGGACUUCACCCAAGAUGAGAUCGACCGGAUCAUCACCGAGGCCAGGGUGGAGAUGGAACUCCCCGACACCGGCCGCAGCUUCUCCAAGCACGUCCUCCGUCUCGAGAUCGAGGGCGACGACAUGUACCCGCUGACCUUGGUCGACCUCCCGGGAUGUUCUGACGGGGCAACGGCAGCGCAACGGACCGAAGACGAAGCGAUCAUCAAGGAGCUGGUGGAAAGAUACAUGGAGAAUCCGAACAGCGUCGUGCUUGUAGUCAUCCCCGCCAACGAGGGCGUCGUUAGCAAAGCCGUCAUCGAAGAGGUCCUGAAACACGAUCCUGCCAAGACGCGCACUCUUCGGGUCCUCACGAAGCCGGAUCUUCUUGAGCCCGCUUCUUCGGUUGAGACGGGGUGGCUGCAGGUUCUUCGGGGCCGCAACACCCUCCACAGCCCGGGGGUCGGUUGGCACGUCGUGCGUAACCGGGCCGACCACGAAAAGGGUCUCGGUCCCCGCGACGCGGUCGAGGAGCAGUUUCUCAAGCUGGAUGCUUGGGCCUCGGUCCCAAAGACAAACCGAGGCAUCGUUGCCCUUCGGGCGAGGCUCAGUCAAAUGCUUCACUACCAGAUCAAGCAGAGCCUGCCGUCAGUCCUCGACGACAUUCAUACCAUGUUGUCGGUGCGGAAACUGGAGCUGAACCGGUUGGGGCAGCCCAGAACCACACCCGAAGACAUGAAAGGCUACCUCAUUGACAUCGCCGGAGACUACCAGAAACUGGUCAGCCAAGGCAUCCGAGGCCACUACAACGACCCGUUCUUCGGCGGCUUCAACGGGACAGAUCGGAAGCUCCGGUCCCAGCUCUGGAACUUCCACCGGGCCAUCCGUCACACCUUGGUUGUUCUCGGACCCGCCCAGGAGGUCAUCGAUCGCCCUCACGGCAGCACAUGCCCGCCUCCGGUACCCGCGUCUCUCGAACAGUUUCUCGAGACUUACACUCGCGGUAUCCGUCGCCCCGAGCCCGUCUUUUGGGCAAAACUAUGUGAGCAGAUCGAGCAUCAAGCGACUGCAAGCCAGGGCACAGAGCUCCCGGGGUACGGCAACAUAGACACGGCGAUGCAUUUGUUCCGCAAGCAGGUAGAGCCGUGGCAGAAUCUCGCCGAGCUACACCUCAAAAAGGUCACCGAGGAAGUCAAGGUCUUCGUGGACGAAGCCUUUGGGCACAUCGUCGGACCGUUCGACUCGAACAGCACGACGAAAGCCAUCCUGUCCACUUUUGUGGACAGUUUCUUCGACGAGAGGGAGCAGGUACUUUCGCAUAAGCUGGAGGAGCUGCUACGGCCGUACAAGGAGGGAUACGCCAUGCAGCACGAUGGAGACUUCCGAUUCGCGAUGGAAAGGAGAGCAGGGCAGCGCGCCACAACCCGCGGAGAAGGCCAGAGUCGGGAUAUGCAGGUUUCGAUUCCGGUCCCUGCAAGCAACAAUGACGCCGGGCCCGAGUACAUUGUCGAUACAACUCAGGCACUCUACGAUAUGGCGUUGCAAACAUUUACGGACAACCUGACCAACCUCGCCAUCGAGACCUGUCUGAUCCAGGAGCUCCCCGGAAUCUUCACCGCGAGACUGGUGAACGAUAUGGACAACGACAAGCUGGCGGAGCUCGCUGCCGAGACCGAAGAGGCCCGCGAGCAUCGGGCCUUGCUCCGGAAGGAAAUCGAGCAGCUCACGCAAGGGAUCGAGCAAUGCCGGCGAUACAAGCCGAGAGCGGUAGCGAAAUUUCCUCCUUCAGCUCGGCCAGGAUCCAAAAGGCAACAGAAACAAACCUCGGAACACGUGGGGUCGGAGACCACCAGCCCAUCUCUCACUUCAAAGGCGACUCCCAGUGACGAUGGCGAAGGGUUCGAGAAAGGUAUUGCGUUGAGGCCUUCCAACCAGCAGGGCAGUGGCAAGGCUACCAACGGAUUGAAGGCGAUCGAGCAGGUCUCCGUGUUCUCCGAUCCGACUGGAGAGCAACCUGUCAAGGCCAGCCCCUCGAGAAAACCAGUAGUUAGAUUGCCGCAGGUCGGUGGAUCCUGCGGUCCCUCUGCAGCUACCGUCGGAUCGAAGACAAGUGAGCAGGUCUCCGUGCCUCGCGAUCCGGCUGGAGAGCAACCAGUCGAUUUCACCGUCUCAAAACCGGCAGUUGGGUCGACGCAGGCGGGCGGGCUCUUCAGUGCCACUACGGCUACAUCACCGGCCCCCGGCGGUCAGACGGCGCAGCCGCGGAGACUCUUUGGCCCGGUGGCUCCGUCAUCGACUCUAGCAGAUAACGCGACCAAGCCAGGCAAGACCUUUAGCAAAGGGUUUGCCGGGUUUGGAGGAGGAUCGUUUCCGUCAGGCGGCCUAUUCGGUGCGAACCCGCCAACCUCACCGAGCCCUCCCGGCCAGCCUCCCGCAGGCGGAUUGUUCAACUUCGCAAACAAGCCGCCGCCGCCGAACCUUUUCGGUGGUCCAUUGAAUACGGCGCAGAACAAGGAUGCCUUCGGACAGUGA